GGGAGAGCGGAUGUGAAUGCGGGUCCGGGAAGAGCGGAUAUAGUGAAUGCGGGUUCCGGGGAGAGCGGAUAUAGUGAAUGCGGGUUCCGGGGAGAGCGGAUAUAGUGAAUGCGGGUCCGUGGGAGAUAUAGUGAAUGGGGGCGGGGUCCGGGGAGAGCGGAUAUAGUGAAUGCGGGGUCCGGGGAGACCAGAUAUAGUGAAUGCGGGGUCCGGGGAGAGCAGCAAAUGUUGUAGAUGCUGGUUACAGGGAAAACAUAUAAAGAAGUGCAG